GAUAUAAGCUCGGGCAGGUGAGGCUCUCAUAUAGUUUUGGUACAGAAUCGUGAAAGAAUACAGCAGGGUAUAAGGUGAUCAAUAUAUAUCCGAUCAUCAUGGCUCAUCUGCCGAUCGUGACCUUAGCGAUAUUCGUUGCAGUUUUUGCUGUAUCCAGCUUUGCUCAGCGUCAAUUCCAGCAGCAAAACUUCGUCCAGCGCCCCCAGGUACAAAGCGUUUCCCAAGUACCACAACAGUACCAACCGACUCCUCAAACCGCACCCCGAGUGUUUUCGGGCAGUUGUCCGGACAAGAACGGAAGAUACCCCGUCCCAUCGCAGUGCGACGCUUACGUAGAGUGCAUCGACGGCGUUCCUGAGGAGAAACUUUGCCCCGAAGGAUUAUUAUUCAAUCCUGACGCUCGAUUCAACUAUCCUUGCGGUUACCCCAUCGACGUGAACUGUGAUGGUCGACGAAGCGUUCAGCCCCCUCAGCCCACUGAAGACUGCCCUCAUCAGUUCGGUUACUUCAAGGUCGGUGAUAGUGUAAACUGUGGAAAAUUCAUGAAUUGCGCCGAUGGUAAAGGAUACGUCUUCGACUGCCCAGAGGGACUUGCCUUCAAUGCCGAAAGCUAUCGUUGCGAUUGGCCAGAUCAAGUGGCUGAUUGCGAUGCCGAAGCCUACUUGGGUUUCCGUUGCCCUCCACCCGGUGAAGGAAUUUUCGGACCAGGCGAGAUUCGCUACUUCAGAAGCCCGCAGGAUUGCCAGCGUUACUUUAUCUGUGUCGACAACAGACCCCGCCUUCAAAACUGUGGCGAAGGAAAUGCGUUCAGUGAAGAUAUCAACGCUUGCGAUGCAGCUGAAAAUGUUACCGGAUGCGAGCCAGCGGGUUCUCUUUUAGGCAGAGGUGCCGGUCAAGUGAAAUUGUUUUAGUCGUGGAGACGGAAAAGAAGAUGCGGUGGACACUAGACUUGAAGAACAUUAUGUUAGGUGCCGAAGAAAGCCAUGAAUUUGACACAGUCAUUACAUGACAUGCACAUUAUGAAAACAAAUACUUGACACCAAAACUGUCUAAUACCAUACAAUAAUUGGGAUUAUUUUAAGUCGUUUAUUUCAUACCUCCAUAUAUGUUAUCUUGAUUGAGGUCUACCCCAGAUUACUAAAUCCCAUCAAGUUAUCAACGUGACUCAAUACUUAUUGCUGACCCAUUUCUGAGCCACUUAAAAGCAUAAGCAUACGCUUUGCUUUUCUCGAGAUCAAAACAUAAGCACUACAUGUUUCGCACGAUAUUAUACAUAGAAUUGUUCAAAUUGCAAUGACUAUUACUGUGGCCACCAACUUGAACCAUAUAAAUCUGAUCAAAACCAACACAUACGCGAAGAAAUCCUUGAAACGAACGUAUGUUCAAUGGUGUUAAUCUAGGAUGAACCUAUGUCACAAAUUACUACGAACUGAUUAAAUAAAGCAUUUGAAACUUCCAAAUGAAAA